UCUCAUUUCCCUGGCAAAUGUAGUCACACAUCUCUUCUCCCUCCUCUUUUCACACUCCACCGCCUCCUUCAAUCAGCCCUCAGUCUUCUCUAGUCCCAAGAGGAUAAGAUGCCAUGGAGGCCACGGGGAGAAUUGUACUUUACUUGCUUCUGGUUCUGCUGACAGAUGUCAGCGCACAUUUCAUUGACAUCCCUUCAUCAAUCUACCCCAGCAUCGAAGGAACCUCUCUCCUUCUCCCAGUCGAGACGUACUUCCAGUUGGAUGACGCAGAAAUCCAAGGGACCUGGUCUCACACCACCACCGACGGUGUCCGAACCACGCUGGUGACGUUCACCAAAGACUCCGCCAUCACUGACAUGACGUACCGCGACUACAUCGUUUUCAAAGUGCCCAACAUGACCUUGCUAAUCCGGGAAUUAAACCAACACGACGAGGGAGAUUAUCACCUCAACCUGAACAUUGAGUUUGUCAACCAGUCGGGGCUAGUUUUCAAAGAGGAGAGGACAGUGCGUGUAACUGUUGAUGUUCCUGUAUCCACGCCAGUCAUUAAAAAGACCCCAUCGUACUCAGUGGUUGAGGACAAGGCCAACGUGACGUGGACAUGUUCAGUGGAAAGAGGAACAAGGGUUGUGUUUCAGUGGUUUAGAGACAAUACCCCUCUGGGUGUCAGUGAUAGAUAUCACUUCUCUAAAGACAAAUCCACACUGCUGAUUAGUCCUGUGAAAAAGGAGGAUAAGGGAAGUUACCGCUGCGAGGCGAGAAACCCUGUCAGCCGUGAGAAAUCCCGAGCAGCUGUGGACCUAACCGUUUACUACGGCCCCUACAAUUUGGAAGUGAACUCUGACCAAGGCCUCCGCACAGGGGAAGUGUUCACCAUCAACCCUGGAGAACUGGUCUUUUUCCACUGCCAGGCUGACUCCAACCCCCCCAACAGUUACGUGUGGAUCUCCAAAAGCCGCAACGCCACGCAGAUCAUCACCGAAGGCCCGCGCUUGGAGGUUCUUUCUUACAGACUCGCCCAGGCUGAAGAGUACCUGUGUCGCGCCUUCAACAAUGUGACGCAAAAACAAGACGAAACCCAGUUCACCCUCGUGGUGGCCAGCCUGGGUACAGGGAAAGAGAAGCACACCCAGGAUGACAAUUCUGUAUCUCCACUUGUUGUUAUAGCUGUAUGUUCCUUGUUCAUCAUCGGCGGCAUGCUGCUCAUCUUCUUUAGGAAAAAUUGUCACCCAAAAAGAGUGCUCAUGAGGAUUUAUAAAAGACCCAUCUCAGAUCCAAGACGACCGCAUCGAUCAGGCCAUGAGGAUGCAACUGAAGACUUUGGCAUCUACGAAUUUGUCGCCAUACCUGGGAGAAUGGAACCGGCGCAGGCGUCGUGCAGAUCUCUGGCCCGCCUGGAGUCAACUCAGGAUAUGCACACCACAAUCUACGAUGUGAUCAGACACGUUCCCGAAAGCCCCGGGCAGAGUUUGCUCAAUUGACUUGGAAAAAAUUAGCUGUUUGUGUACGUUUUGGGACUUUUGUCAAAGCCAAAGGCACUGCUUGUGGUGACUCUAUUUGCACAGAAGUAUGUACACGAUCCUGUUGUACGCAGUCAAGGACAGAUAUUUGGUUGAGAUUAUUUUGUAUAGAAAUCCAAUUUAAAAUGAAGAUGCAUUGAGUAAAAAAAAUCUUUACUGUUUGAAGAACUUGUAAGAAAAUAAUACUAUUCAUAUUUAAAAAUGUAUUUAAGAUAAUGAAUACAUGUACAGUAUUUGCUAUUUAAAAAUAUGAAGUUUAUCUUGUUUCCAAAGAUGGUGAAUUUUAUGAAAUAAGUGUUGUAUCAGGUACUUUUGUAAUUUAUAAAUGCGAUAAAAACUGUAAAUAUUGUAUAUGAAUACAUUUGAAUUAUUGUCCUUUUUCUAUAUUUCCUUCAGAUUUAUUUAUACCUAUUUUAAAUCCUGUUUCUAUAAAUGUAGCAUUUUCUGCAAAGCUUAAGAAAGGGCAAGGGAUUGGUCUUAAAAUGAAUGUACAAUUUGCAUUUUCAU